CAGACUUGAAGAAGAAGAAGAAGACGAGAGGAUGGAAAGGGACUUCUACAAGAUUCUGCAGGUUCCGAGUAAUGCUAAAGAUGAAGAGUUGAAGAAGGCAUACGAGCUCGCAAUGAAACGGAAUCCUGAAGCUAAUAAGUUCAACCAAAUCUCUAAGGCUUAUCAGGUUCUAAGUGACCCCCAGAAAAGAGCUGUGUAUGACCAGUAUGGUGAGGAAGGCCUAAUUGCUGGUGGGAAAACCUCUUUCUCCACACGAAAUAUUUCAACAAGCUCCCAGUUCAAUCCACGAAACUCAGAUGAAUUAUUUAAGAUUUUUGGGUUGUCAGGUUCAUCCUCUGUUGGCAAUGGCUCAAGCUCCUCUACUCAAGUAUUUGGUGAUGACAUUUUUAGUGGAGUAAUGGGUAGAGGAGAACACAAAAAAGAGCCUCCGAUUGAGAGGAGAUUGCCUUGUAACCUUGAAGAGCUUUUUAAUGGGACUUCUAAGAAGGUGAAGAUCACCAGAGAAGUCAUUGACAUGAGAGGCAAAGUCUUGCAGGUGGAGGAGGUUCUGAACAUCGACGUAAAACCUGGAUGGAAGGUGGGGACAAAGAUCACCUUCUCGGAGAAAGGGAAUCAGAAGCCGAAUGUCAUUGCCUCAGACCUUAUCUUCAUUAUCGAUGAGAAGCCUCACGCUGUGUUCACCAGAGAUGGAAACGAGUUGAUUGUCAAAGAAAAGAUUUCUCUGACCAAAGCCUUGACAGGUUAUUCCGUUAGCCUCACCAUGCUGGAUGGCAGGUAUAUAACCAUCCCAAUUAACAAUGUUAUCCACCCAGGCUAUGAGAAGGUCGUUCCAAGAGAAGGGAUGCCGUUCCAGAAAGACCCUACAAAGAGAGGAAACUUGGUAAUUAAAUUCGACAUCAAGUUCCCGACUAGCCUUACAGCUGAGCAGAAAGACAUGAUCAUCAAACAUUUGGGUCCCUAAGAUCAACAAUGUCAGUAGAUAACAGCGUGAAAACACUGGUUCCUGUGAAUACCUAUGUAUGCUUAUGGUAACCAUGUGAAUCUUACGGAACUUGUUAAUUAUCUGAAUUCUGCAUGUCAAGUUUGAUAUGAACAAAUGAGCAGACAAUUU